AUGCUGCAAGAUGGUCUAACAGGUUACCAGAUCUUCAUAAGAACCAGAGCCCGGUUGAAAUCCUCCCUUUACGGUCGACACCUGUUGGCACUACUCUACGGCGAGGAAGCGUCUAGAAUGAUGGCGCUCUGCAAGCACAAAUCAGCGAUAACGUGGGUUCAAAGAGCGAUCAAACAUAUAAAACCGGACCUACCAGCCUCUCUUACGAUCGAGGUGUUCAGACAGUGUUGUAAGAUAUGUGUAGCCAGUAAGCUCUUCACUGAAGCCAAAGCUCUGGUGGUUUACUCUCUGAAACUAAGCGAGGAGACGCACGGGGCCAGCCAUCCCUGCCACGCUCAGACCUUGCUGAUUUAUGGAUUUUACUUGCUAAACAUGAGUGACAUUGACGAAAGUGUCCAAGUAUACAGACAAUGUCUUGACAUAUUCCUCAAUACUCUAGGAGACGUGAAUCUGAAGACAGCUUGUGCUCGACAGGCACUUGGUCUUGCUCUAUUUAUUCAGGGUUACAAUCAAUACAAUUUCCCGGAAGCGCUGUGGCAGAUAGAGAAGUCAACUCAAAUUCUGGAGAAUCUGCUCAACUCUAAGCAUGUUUUUAUUGCAGCCAGCUGGAGGCUGAAGGCGCUACUGUUAGAGGGUCUUGCAGCCAACACUGAGAACGAACAGGUCGCCGUUACGAACCUGAGACAAGCGAAGAAACUGUAUUGGUCGUGCGUAAAAAUGUCAAGAGAAAUCGUCGGAGAGAUGACGGUGCAGACUGCCAGGUACUACGAGCACGUGGGUAAAGUAUAUCGAGUGUUGGGUAAACCUCACAAAGCAGAGGAUUGUUUACUUAGGGCUGAGUUUAUCAUGAACCACGUCCUGGAAGAGGGGAGUCACGAGAGUCUAGGAGUCACUGUUCAUAUAGCUACUCUUUACGCGUUCGAUCUGGACAAGAAAACGUACGCUGAACGUCUUUUCCUCAAAUGCCUCCGGUCUCUUCGUGAAAUCAGAGGUGUAGGAGUGGAUGAUUUCAUUGAGAUGUGUUACAGAGGUUUACUGAGGGUGACAGACAACAGACCUGAACUUCAGAACCAGUAUUUAGAGUGGUACACCGAGUGGCGGGAUCAGAUUCAGGAACAACACCAACAAACCAGCUCAACCUCCGCCAAACUGUUCAAUUCCCUGAAACCCCUGCUGGAGUAUGUGUCACAGGAACUGAAAACCAGCACCAGACACAGGACCAACUCUAGGUAGUGAAGACCAUCGGAUGUCAGGCUACAGGUAGUGAAGAGGAAGACCAUCAGAUGUCAGGCUACUUAAGCUUUAUAGAGUUCAGUUAGCUUUCACCAAAUAAGAAUAAAAUCCCUAUUAGAGGAGAAACUUGACUUGCGUUCGAAAUUCUACUGUAAUCACAUUACAGCCUCGACUGUAUCAAUAUAAUGGCUAUUAUUUAUUCUAUAGGUCUGCAAAUACAUUAUAAGCAUUAAGCUAUUUGAUUAUGAUUGAUAACCAAAGAUAAUAAAAUGUGAAUAAUUCUAUACAGUCAUUUUCUUAUUUACUUAUUUAGUAUUUAUGUUCAUGAUUAAUAUUUGGUAUAUUGUACAGAUAGGUCGUUUUUGUAAAUUUUGUUACGGAAUACCAUUUAUAUUUUAAUUCAGAUCAUAAUCUU